AAGGCUUCUUCAACCGCGACAAAUGGCGUAUAACGGACUGGACGUAUAAUGGACUGGACGAUACGCUUCUUCAGGAACAACAACACGGCUACUCUUUCAACCACGUCGGUAGCUUGCUAGCCAACAUAAAACUGAAAAAUUGGCGCUUUAGACCAUGUUAAUGUACAUUAGCUUAUCUCAGUGUUGUUAACACAGUUCAGUUGACGUUAACUUCAACCUAAUUUGUUUGUUCAAUUUGCAAACUUGUUAUAUAUUGAUACUAAGCCUAGUCCUAGGCUAGUUAACUUGCUAACAUCCCUGACCAUGAGUUCACUAAACUACUCCUCCCCUGUUAAAGAAGAGGAUGUCUACUGGACGGAGAAAGAACCUCUGGAUUUGAACAUUGUCGUGAAAGAAGAGGAGGAUAUUACAGUGAAAGAAGAGAAAGAACCUUUCAGAAUGAAAAAGGAGGAAGAGGAGGUUGUUAUAGGGAAAGAAGAGAAAGAACCUUUUAGAGAGGAAGAGGACGCUAUCUCAAUAAAGGUGAAGAAGGAAGACGUUUUGGGAGUGAAAGAGGAGACAGAAUAUCAGAUUACCACCAGAGAGAGACAUGACUAUUGUGGAUCCUCUGGGAAGCCUCAACAACAUACUGAUGCUGACGAGGCAGAGAAGAGUCUCUCCAGAUCAGAACACCAGAUGGACAACGCUAGCCCUUUCGCCCGCCCGGAGUCUCCGUGUCGUGCCUCUCCCAGUAGCACCUUACUGCUGGGUAUGAAGAGGUUGUCUGUGCUGCUGGUGGACUGCAGGAAAACAACGGGGCUGAGUGGAACUGUGAGAGGAGGAGAAGAGAAGAAAGGAUCAGAUUUGAUACAAAGAGAAAAAACAAACUCAGAGGGACCAGAGCCAGAGAUGUCCAAGCCAGCAAGACGACACCUCUGCUCCCAGAUUGGAUAGAGUUUCAUCAAGUUAGGAAAACUGAAAGCUCAUGAGCGAAUGUAGACAGGGGAGACGCCAUACCAUUGCGCCUACUGUGGAAAGCAUUUUAAACGGUUAGACACCCUGAAAUCUCAUGAGAGAACACACACAGGGGAGAAGCCUUUCCAUUGCUUCCAGUGUGGAAAGAGUUUCAGCCACUUAAGAAAUCUGAAAUCUCAUGAGCGAACGCACACAGGGGAGACGCCUUUCCAUUGCACCCAGUGUGGAAACAGUUUUAGCCAGUUAACAUGAAAAGACAUCUGAGAAUACACACAGGAGCGAAGCCACACCAUUGCUCCCAGUGUGGAAAGAGUUUUAGCCAGCCAGGAAAGCUGAAAGCUCAUGUGCGAAUACACACAGGGGAGAAGCCUUUCCAUUGCUCCCAGUGUGGAAAUCGUUUUAUGCGGUUAGACACCCUCAAAACUCAUGAGCGAAUACACACGGGAGAAGCCAUACCAUUGCGCCCAGUGUGGUGAGAGUUUUAGCCAGUCAGGAAUCCUGAAAGCUCAUGAGCGAACACACACAGGUGAGAAGCCUUUCUAUUGCUCCCAGUGUGCAAAAAGUUUUAGCCAGGCAGGAACCCUGAAAGCUCAUGAGCUAAUGCACAUAGGGGAGAAGCCUUUCCAUUGCUCCCAGUGUGGAAAGAUUUUUAGCCACUUAAGAAAGCUCAUGAGCGAAUACACACAGGGGAGAAGCCUUUCCAUUGCUCCCAGUGUGCAAAAAGUUUUACCCAUUUUGGAAAUCUGAAAGAACAUGUGAGACUGCACACAGGGGAGAAGCCUUACAAGUGCUCAGACAGUGGGAAGACAUAUUGCUCAUCACAGUCACUUAAACGUCAUGUGAGAAUCCACACAGGAGAGAAUAAUUACUUAUCCUAUUGUGUAUAUUGAUAUUUCACAUCACAUUGACUUAACAUUCCUCAGAGAACAUACACAGUGCUCCCAUUGUCUUAUAUUGUUGACUAAGAAUGUGUUUACUUGUUUAUACCAUAUGAAAUUAAAUGGUACAAAGUAUACUCAAACAUAUAUUUGUAUGUUUAUUAUAAAACAUGAAUUGAAUAUGGAGUAUGUCAGUUUGAAUAUAGAGUAGAUCAGAUUCCAUAUAUUUAAAUGGUCCUUUUUUAAACUCUGACUGUGUUUAACUGGGUGUGUCAUUGUUGGCCCACUGAUGAUUUAAUGAAAUGAAAAUGUUCACAGACUCUGUAAUGGAAAAUGUUAAUUGUAUGUGUCCACAUAACUGAGUAUGUGACUAACCUUGUGAAACUGUCCUAUUAUAAUCUCCUGUUCUUGGGAGUAUCAUCCUGUGUUGCAAACCAGCUGCACCUGUGUCCUUGUAUGAAUAAAGUCCCUCCCAGGAACAGGAAACUAUAAAGAUAUGUGCUCAUCACCCAAUGCUUCAGGAAUUCAGAUUGUCUACACUGCGCUGUGUAACUCUGUUAUUCUCUCUGAGCUCAGAAAUAAAGAAUCUUGGUUUGA